AAUGAACUCGUUCAUAGUUUGUCAGAGAGUUAAACAGCUUGGAAACAUCCACUUUUUAACAAACAGCCUGUAUUUAGAAGAUAUGCCUGAUCUAGAAGGACUAUAAUUAGCAAUUAUUGCUAAAGGUAUGCAGGGGUAACACCAUGAAGACACUUAAAAUCUGUUCUAUAAUACAGCAGUGAAGGAUUUAAGUGCCGAAAUGUGAUUCCUUAGUACAGAACGAAUCUACAUUCUGUAAUACAAGGUAAGUCACUUAAAUUCACUUCACUUCAAAAGGUGAGCUUACUUGUACUAAAUGGCACAACACACACACACACACACACACAGAUCAGGAAUGUGAAUUAUGCCCUGGUCAGAAUGGGCAGAGAAGAUUCUGAUUGGCUGAGGGGGCUGUCAGCAUUGAGUUUUGAAGCUUGUAGUCAGAUUAGAUGAGAGAAUGAGAACCGUGGCAGUAAAAAGACAGAUCAAGAUAGCAAGAAGGACUCACUUUAAGCCUUGAGAAAAUCCAUCAUGACACUCACUGAGAUUAUCUUCAUCUUGACCGGGACUUGCACCAUCCUGGUUUUUGGACGAAAACUAGUCUGCCUUCUUAUGAUGCUUGCCCCAGAGUUUUUCUGUCCUCUUCCUGAGUCUUUUUUCACCUCUCUGGGGAAAUGGGCAGUGGUCACUGGAGGGUCAGAUGGAAUAGGCAGAGCAUAUGCAGAAGAGCUUUCAAAACUAGGUAUGGGCGUGAUUGUCAUCAGCAGAAAUCAAGAGAAGCUUGACAGAGCAGCCAGAAAGAUCGAGCUCACUACAGGAGGGAAAGUCAAAGUAAUAGCUGCUGACUUCACCAAAGAUGAUAUAUAUGGAUGCAUUAAAGAAAACAUUGAGGGUCUGGAUAUUGGUAUUUUAGUGAACAACGUUGGGAUUCUGCCCAGCCAAAUACCCUGCAAGCUACUUGAAAUAUCUGAUUUGGAAGAAAGAAUACAUGAUGUUAUCAACUGCAAUGUAAAAGCCAUGGUUAAGAUGUGCAGAAUUGUGCUACCAGGAAUGCAGCAAAGAGGAAGAGGAGUCAUUCUGAAUGUGUCUUCUGGCAUAGCCAAAAUACCCUGCCCCAUUUACACCUUGUAUGCAGCAUCAAAGGUUUUUGUUGAGAGAUUUUCACAAGGUCUUCAAGCAGAAUAUAAAUCCAAGGGAAUUAUUAUUCAGACAGUGGCUCCAUUUGGGGUUUCAACAUCAAUGACAGGACAUCAGAAGCCAGAUAUGGUUACAUUCACAGCUGGAGAGUUUGUGAGGAGCUCAUUGAGGUAUCUGAAGGCUGGUGAUCAAACAUAUGGCAGCGUCACUCAUACCAUGUUGGGCGGGAUUGUGCAGUCCAUUCCCACCUGGGUCCUGCAGAGUGAAUCGUUUCAGCAUUACUUUAAGAAAUAUGUGAAGGAAAGGGUUAGAAGCCAGGAGUUGUCAUUCUCUAAAUAUGUAAACACUCCUGGGCAAAAAAUGGGCCAAGCCAAAAAUGGCCAAACACUAAGCUUUUAAUUGUCUUAAAGGGAGAGUUCACCCAAAACCUGUACGAGUUUCUUUCUGCUGUUGAACACAAAAGAAGAUAUUUUGAAGAAUGUUGGUAGCCAGACAGUUGACAGCAGUAGCCAUUUACUUCCAUAGCAGGCAAAAAAAAAAAAAGGGAAGUCAAUGGCUACCGUGUUACUAAAAUUGUUCAAAAAAUCUUCUUUUGUGUUCAACAGAAGAAAGACACUCGUACAUUUUUUGGAACAACAUGAGGAAGGUGAGUAAAUAAUGACACAAUUUUCAUUUUUGGGUGAACUAUCCCUUUAACCACAAAUUAUUGGUCAGGAAAUUAGCAAAAAUUUAAGCAAAUGCACUACUUAAAAAGCCAUCACUGUCUCAAAAAAACAUCAAAGAUAGAAUGAAGUUUUUGGUGGAAUAAUGAAUCACAAUAAAACACAAGUUGCAUAGUGAUGCUCCAGAGCAGUGUCUUCAAUAAUCUGCUGAGAAAUAUAAUUUUAAAUGCAUCUCUAUCACCAUGAAGCAUGGAGGAAGAGCUGUCAUUGUGUGGGGAUCCUUUUUAGCUGCUUGUAUUGGUGAGCUAUUCACUGUGAAAAGUCAUUUAAUGCUUUGGAGAACAGGAGAAUAUUGCAGAAUGGUUUGCUUUCCGCAAAUCAAAAGUUAUUAUAUAAAGAGGAAUGAUCAGAUGAAGAAUAUGGUCAUGCUUAAAUUGCAAAGACAACCAAGAAGUGGCUUCAGAACAAGUCUAUCAGGCUCAUGUUUUGGCCUGGUCAGAUCCCAGAUUUGAACCCUAAAGUGAGUAUUUGUCUCGCAUUAAACUCAAAUGAACUGGGAGAAAAUUUUCAGCCACUCACGAACUGUUUAAAGCCAUUAACAUUGAGUGGAACAACACUGACUCUUCCUGUAAAAAGCUGUCUGCAAGUUGGGAAAGGCUAUUCCAUGCUGUUACUUUAUCCACAGUAUUUGUGCAAUUCUUGCUAAUUUCCUGACCAGUGAUUUUGUAAUUAAUAUCGUUAAGACUAUUUAAAAACCACUAAAUAUUUUGGCAUUUUUGACUCGGCCCUUUUUUUGCCCAGGACUGUACAGUAUUGAGCAUUUGAUACUUAAACACCACAACUGUUAUGUCAAUUGUGAUAAUACUGUAUGUAAAAAUAUUAGACUGCAAAAGAAAGUGAGAGGACAAAACAACUGACAGGCCUCCAUCCACAGUCCUUCAAAAUAUGCCAUAUCAGUGUUGACAAUGGAAUAUAAUAAUUAUUAAUCAUAAUCAUAUCAGUAGACAGGAGAUAGUUGAGCAGAACUGACCUUGAUAACAUUAACAGAAGGUCAGUCUCACAAGAUUAGAAAAUGUUUGGUCUUAUUUAAAGAGCCUUUGAAAGAUCCACACUUAAACAGUUUUUUGGCGCCACAUAGUGGUUAAACGCACUUUAACGUGAUCUUUAAAGCUUGAAUGUAAUGCGCUUUUUGUGUUGUCAUUAUCCCAUUAUUUUGACUUUUAUGUGAAUAAUCACUCUGUAGCUGCAACGAUAUGUGGAUAGCACUACAAGAACGCACAUUUUUUAUUUAUAUGGAUAUACAUAACAUAUUUUAGAACAAUUUUAAAAGCAGUUACAAGUAAAUAUCCCCCACCCAUUAGAAACGAGGCAUCAGAGAGGAAAAAAUAGUUCAUUUCGCAUUUGAAGAACCCUCUGAGAAAUAAUUGGGCACUUUUAAAACAUCUACUAUGAUAUAAUAACAUAUUUGCAAUAUACAAGAUGUUAAGGCUGGAAUACACUACACGACUUUUUGUCCCGAUUUGGACAAGUCACCGCUGCCAAAAGUCAGAGUCAGUCUUUGGAUUGGAGAUGACCAAUUUCACCGAAAAAUAAUUUUCCCCAGUAACAGACAUUACACACUUCACCACACUACACACUUAUGGAUCUUCCUGCAGCAGUCACUGCAGUUAAAGGAUUAGUUCACUUUCAAAUUGAAAUUUCCUGAUAAUUUA